CCCGGCUUAGCUCUCGUCGGCUCAACUCUUCGCCCAGCCCUCAUCAUGAACUUCGCCCCUUACCAGGACGAAUCUCCUGAGAUUGAGCGGGCGCUGUCCCCUCCGACUUUGGAUGGUCGCGUCAAAUCUCCCGCCCUCCGGUCGCCGCGGGCGUCGGCCGACUUGCCAUCCCCAAGCCACUUUGCUGGAGGUGGACAUGGCAACGGAGGCUAUGGACGUGAUUUGGAGGGCGGUCGCGCGAGCUUGGGUGCCUUUGAGACUAGCCUCCCUAUCCGCAUGGAUGUGGAAGCUGCCCUGGCAUACUUGCUUCUACCUCCAGCGGGAGGCUUGUUUUUGCUGCUGGCUGAACACAAGAGUGACUAUGUGCGAUUCCACGCAUGGCAGUCAAGCAUGCUAUUUGCGGUCAUCUUCAUAAUUCACCUCAUCUUUGCCUGGAGUAGUUACAUCUCCUGGACUCUCUUUAUCAUUGACCUGGCCCUCAUGGGAAGUCUUAGUAUGCGUGCUUAUCUAGACGUUGACACGCUCGACCACUUCGAAGUCCCAUUCUUCGGUCGCUUGGCUAAUUCAUUCGUAGAUAAUGAAUAAACAAUGCCGGCCGUUAUCUCUCUGGACUUUGCGUGUAAUUGAAAUUUUCGCCGAGGAGAAGCGUGCUCCUUUUCAAUAUACCCCUCGUCUACCACUACUUAAUAAGUUCGAUGGAUACUCUUGCUGCUACUACUUCUGUUCAUACUUUUGAUACUUGUUUGAUUUUCACCUUCGUGGCAAUGAGUGCUAGCUCUGUGGCUACUUUAAUGGAUAUUUGGACCUUAUGGUCUGCAAUGUUUGAUUGCCAGACAUUGUGCCACCCACCCACAGCGCUUCCGAAUCACCCUUCAUCUAUAAAUGUAUAACUGGAAUCGAGAUCGAGG